AUUCUUUCGAUAGCUUUCGACCUAGCAACAUUCUCAAUUUUUUUUUAAGAAGUAUAAUUUCUUUUCCCUUUUUCCUCUAGAUGUUUUUCAGCAAGUUUUUAUAUUCUAUAUAUAUAUAUACAGUUUCUAGUAUAAUAUUCUAUUAUAUAAUAUAUUAGUCAUACUUCUCUAGUAUAUUAAUAAAUAUUUUAAAUAAUAACUUUUCUUCUUUUAUCUUGUCAUCUAACUAUUUUGAAGAAAUUGUCGAUAUGUUUGUAGUACUCUCAACUUUCCUAUUUACUUCAGAUUUGAUUAUGUCAGAGGAAUUAGAAUGGGAAAUGAUGGAUAUUUUCGAAUCGGGUAUGUUUGCAUUUCCGAUUUGGGAGCACAAUUCGGCUAGACAGAUUGUUAGAUACUUAAUGAAAAGAGGUGUGAUAGUGGAAGAAAUCGCUGAUGCCAUUGAAGAUAAUGAGGCGGAUGUUUCCACUUGGUUAAAUCAUGGAGGAAAAUAUAUGGUUGGAGAAUGGAUGUUAGCGUGGAUGAAUGAAUGCCAUGAUGAUUUUAGGAGGCAAGAAGAGCAAGUCUCGGCCGAUUCUGAUCUUGUAAAAGAAUUAGGAGCUAAUCGUCCCGAUUGGGCAGACCGACGAAAAUCUUCUGAUGGAUCUUCAGGACGAUUAGCUAAGAGACGACAAAGUAUAUUCGCUUGGCGACAUCGCUCAUCUUUAUGGCAAACUGUAUUAACUAAUGAAAUGGCCCAGCUUCAGGAAACUGUUGAAAGUAGCGAAAGUGAAAAGUCUAGCGAUUCCACUUUAACUGAAAAUGAAGUGUUUUACGCCUCAAUAAAAAAACAUAUGAGUCAGAGUUCCGCCCCUCCAUUACCUCCAAGAAAGCGAGCUCUAUCACCACCUUCAGAAACUUCUUCCUCAAAACAAAGAUCCCUUUCCUCUCAACAUAUGGUAAGGUUUGCAGAAGAGGAAGAAGAACACCUAUAUACUAAAGUUUCAAAAGAGAACACCAGGGUAGAUUAUUAUGAAAAAACCAAAGUUUAUUUGGAAAGCCUUCAAAAUAUCGCCUUUGCCGACGAUGUUGAUUAUGAAGAACAGUAUGAUAUUGACUAUUCGGAUAAGGAAGACGAGGCAAGAGAAGAACAAUACAAUGAAAAGAAUAGCAAUAUAUAUGCAACUGUCAACCGUGAAAGGUUCUUUAUCAAAGAAGACGAGGUUGAAAGGGAAACGAACGAAAAAGAUAAUGAAGAAUUCAUUAAAUAUUCAGGGGAGAUUGAACUUUCCAAGACAUUUUCUAAUUUUGAAAAAUCUUUGGAGGAUAGCAAAGAUUUAGAUAUAAUUGAAAGAGAAGGCAAAACUUGUCAUUAUGCUAUUGAUGCAUCGACUCAAACAGACUUAGUUCAAAUCAACUCAGAGGAAGAGACAACCGGGUCAAAAUGUCCAUGCUCAUUAUCUUAUUAUAGUAAAACCUUGCCUUCAUCGUCUAUCUACAUAACGUCAGAUAAGAAACAACUCUUUAUACCUUGGUCUAGCCCACAUUUGUACAGGAUAACAAACUCUUUCGACAAACACUCUCAAGUUGUUUGGCAAUUUAACGUAAACGAUUCUAAAAGAACGCUCAAAGAUAUAACUAAUAUUUUGAAUGCUUAUCGGCUGCAUUCUGACUGGUUUCGAUGUUCUUUAACCACAGUAAUGGCUGCCGUCUCUCAGGCUAUGAGAAAAAAAUAAAUACAAUUAUUAGCAAAAAAUUCAGAAUAUAUACUGUAUUAAUGCAAUAGAAGAAAGAGGGAAAAGAUCGUUUUAUUAUACUGCAUACAUAUAAAUUGUAUAUUUUUAAAGCAUUUUCUUUGGGAUAUACAUCACUGCAUAUUGUUUCUUUUUAUUAUAACUAUACAUUUUAUUUGUUGAGAUAUGUAUUGUGCAAACUUGUAAAGGACCAGUAAUAAAAGAAAUAAAACUUUUCCCACCUGAAGGGCAGAAAAAAAAUCGAUUAUUUUCAUCUGUGUAAGGGAAUAUUUAUGAAUUCCGUCUAGAUUUUAG